AUGCAUGUUAAUUUAUAUGGAGCCUUUUUUUCUAGUUUUAGCUUUAGGUCAUAUCGCUGGAUUCAAAGCAUGCUAUUUGCCAUACACAGGAUAAACCAGAACUUGACUCUCCUGCCAAAUGUCACUCUGGCAUUCAGGAUUUAUGACACCUGCCUUGAUAUGGCAAGGACGAUGUGGGGUACAAUGUGGCUACUGACAGGUCAGAAUGAAAUGCCCAUUCCAAAUUACAACUGUGAUCAUCACUUCUCAGUGGUAGCUACAAUCGGUGAUUCAACAUCUUCUCGCUCAAUCCAAAUGGCACACCUGUUAGGACUCUAUCUGCACCCCCAGAUCAGUUAUUUUGCAUCAAGUCCUCUCUUGAAUGACAGACAUCGAUAUCCAUCAUUUUAUAGAACCAUCCCAAGUGAUGAAUUCCAGGCCCAUGGCCUUGCUCAGCUGGUGAUUUACUUUGGCUGGACAUGGGUGGGAUUACUAGCUGAAGAUGAUGAGUAUGGAAAGGAGGGGACCAAGACACUUAAAGAAGAGCUUAUCAAGGCUGGAGGCUGUGUAGCUUUUGAUGAAACGAUUCCCUUACUCUACUCUGAAAAGGAAACCAAACUAAUUGUUGACAUGAUUCAAAAAUCAUCCUCAAGUGCCAUUGUGGUGUUUUGUUUUGAUUUCCAGAUGAUUCCAAUAAUGCAAGAAAUUCUGAGACAGAACAUAUCAGGAAAGGUUUGGAUUGCCAGUGAGGCCUGGUCCACAUCCUCUGUCCUUUCUCAGGCCAAAUACACCAACCUGCUAAGUGGCACACUGGGAUUUGCAAUACGAAGACGUCAGAUUCCUGGAUUCAGACAAUUUCUACUCAGAAUAAAUCCGAUGAGUAAUCCUGAUGACAUUUUUGUGAAACCCUUUUGGGAAGCAGCAUUUGGUUGUUCUUGGAUCAUCCCUGACUCCAAUGAAACAACAGGUCUAUCAGACAUUAUAGCUAAACUCUGUACUGGGUCAGAGAGGCUGGAAACUCUCAGCAAUGCCUACACAGAUGUGUCGAAUUUAAGAAUCACGUACAAUGUCUACAAUGCAGUGUAUGCUGUGGCAUGUGCCUUGCAUGACCUCAGUGUAUGCAAUCCUGGAGAAGGACCAUUUUAUAAUGGGACAUGUGCCAGUAUCCACAAUUAUGAACCGUGGCAGGUUCUUCAUUAUUUAAGUCACAUCCACUUUGUCAAUGAUGCCAGUGAAGAAGUCUAUUUUGAUAAGAAUGGAAAUAUAUUGGCUCUGUAUGAUGUUUUAAACUGGCAGAAGUCUUCUGAUAGUACAACUGAAUUUACCAAAGUAGGAAGCUAUAAUGCCAGGGAAUUUAUAAGCCAAAAACUGGUGAUUAAUUCUAGUGCCAUCAUGUGGGCUGGAGGACUUGAUAAGGCCCCACGCUCUGUCUGCAGUGAGAACUGUCCUACAGGGCACAGAAAAGCAACGAAGCAGGGACAACCAGCAUGCUGCUUUGAUUGCAUACCCUGUUCACAAGGAGAGUUUGCAAAUCACACAGAUUCUGCUGAGUGCAAGAAGUGCCCUGAUGAUCACUGGACAAAUGAUAGACGUGAUCGAUGCCUCCCCAAAACUACAGACUUCCUCUCCUAUCAAGAUCCUCUGGGUGGAACAAUAGCUUUUGUCUCCAUUUUCUUCUCACUGCUACCAGCUGCAGUCCUUAUUAUAUUUAUCAAGUACAGGGAUACACCAAUCAUCAAAGCCAGUAACCAGGAACUCAGUUGCCUCCUUCUUCUGGGCCUUGUGUUUUGCUUUUUGUGUUCUUUGAUUUUCAUUGGUCAGCCAGUGACAAUAACAUGUGCACUUCGACAAGUCACAUUUGGGGUGAUGUUUGCACUUUGCAUUUCUUGUAUUCUAGCCAAAACCAUACUGGUGGUUAUCGCCUUUUCAGCAACAAAACCCAAAAGCAAUCUGAAAAAGUACAUUGGACCAAUAUUACCCAAAGCAACUGUUGUUUUAUUUACUUUUUUGCAAGCUGUUAUAGGUAUCACAUGGAUAGCUAGAGCACCACCCACUGUAGAGUAUGACAUGAAGUUCCAAACAGGGAAGAUUAUAAUUCAGUGUAAUGAGGGUUCACCCACUGCAUUCUGGUGCAUGCUGGGAUACAUGGGCCUUCUUGCUAUUGUAAGUUUAAUUGUGGCAUUUUUAGCCAGACAGUUACCAGACAACUUUAAUGAAGCCAAAUACAUCACCUUCGGCAUGCUGGUAUUUGUUAGUGUCUGGUUUUCCUUCAUUCCUGCAUAUCUGACUACCAGGGGUAAGUACAUGGUAGCUGUGGAGUUAUUUGCUAUCCUGUCUUCCAGUGCUGGGUUACUGGUUUGCAUAUUUUUUCCCAAAUGUUACAUCAUCCUUCUGAGACCUAAAAGAAACACCAGAGAACACUUCAAAGGAAAGAAAACAAUUGGUUUUCAAUGA